AUGGGCGACUUCAACGCCCCUCACACAGCUUGGGGCUACCAUACCACCACAAAGAAAGGCGCCCGAGUACACGACACUGCUCAGCAGCACAGACUAACUCUGUGGAACGAUCCACUCCAGACAACAAGGGUAGGAAAUAGUGUCUCCAGAGACACAAAUCCUGAUCUCACGUUCACGCUAAACGUGCGCUCGGCAGAGUGGGACCGUCUCCCAGAAACGCUAGGAAGCGACCACCACAUCAUCCAAUUAACCGUAGCUCACACUCGCAAGCCCGCCAGGAUAGGCACUGCCCAAAUAACGGAGUGGAAGUUAUUCAGAGAUGAUCUAAAUGUUGAGACCACCAUCGAGAACAUAGACGACUGGAUGAAGAAUGUCCUCGACACGGCGGAACGUCACACCAAGAGAAUUCAGCUGAAUGAGGAAGCGCCAGCCGUUGACACGCACCUCCUCCAUCUCUGGGAAGCCCGAAGAUCUCUUCUCAGGAGAUGGAAGAGACAGAAACUAAAUAAGCAACUCAAGAAGAGAAUCGCCCUGCUCACUGAACAAGCGCAGGAAUAUGCGGAGAGGCUAGGAAGACAGAACUGCGGACCUACAAGGACGCAACAGCGACAAAACCUCUGCAGGCUCGUACACAACUACGCCGGAUCAGAGGAGAACCUCCUUCGAGAGGUUCAGAAGAAGCUGUGUGGAGACCCACCCAUAACCACGACGGCACACGACAGAGCCUACAGUGGAAAACCAAACCCCGAACUUGACGAACCCUUUACGGAGGCUGAACUCUUCGCAGCACUAUCUACACUCACCAGAAACACCAGCCCAGGCAAGGAUCGCAUUAUCAACAAGCAUCUUCGGAACCUUCCGCAGCAGGCCAGCGAAGCCCUACUCCAGUAUUUCAACAAAUGCUGGGAAAGCGGAGAAAUACCGGCUACGUGGAAACACUCGGAGAUCACCAUGAUCCCCAAACCCAACAAGCCCUUCAGCAUCGAGAACCUGCGACCAAUUUCCCUUACCUCGUGCGUAGGGAAACUAUUCGAGCACAUGGUACACAACCGGCUAACUCCGUACCUCGAAGACAAGGGAUAUUUUCCGAACACAAUGUUCGGAUUCAGGCAACACCUAUCAACGCAAGACAUCUUCCUUCUGCUCAAGGAAGACCUUAUCGAUCAUCUGAGCACCAAAAGCAAAUCUUCAAUUGUAGCCAUCGAUAUAAAGGGAGCUUUUGACAACGUCAGUCACGACGCUAUUCUCUGCAAUCUCGAACACCUGGACUGCGGGUCACGGAUAUACAACUACGUGAGGAAUUUUCUCACGCAUCGCACGGCCACAGUGGGCAUAUACAACCUCCGCAGUGACACUUUCCGACUACCGAGCAGAGGCUCCAGGGCGUGCGGCGAGGUAGCCGUCGUGGAGCCUGACGUGGGAGAAGUGUCAUGGGCCAUGGAGGUCGGGGAAGAUGUGCAGAUGGCCGGCACGUCUGAAGGACCAUGGGCCGAGGCUGUCGAAUAA